AUGCCCUACACAUACCUCACCUUCAGCGACCUGUACGAAGAGGAGCAGCGCGCCUCUGCGCCCCCCUCGCCCAUCUCACCAACGGCGAGCCUGCCCUCGCCCGUCUUCCUGCUACCCACCAACCCGGCGCAGUACCGGAGUCAGAGGCACCGGCACCUCGCUCCCACCCGCUCUCCGACGCAGCUCAGCGCCUCCUCGGUGGCCAGCAGCAGCAGCGCCUCGUCCGCCUCGUCCGUCUCGUCGUCGUCGACGCGCAAGCUCGCCGCGUCGCUGCGAAAGAGCCUGACGCUCGGCAGCGGUAGCGCGUGGAAGAAGCCGCCGCGCAAGUCGAGCUGGCGCACCGCCCCCUCGGCCGACUCGACGCCGUGCUCGUCGUGCAGCUCCUCGAUCGACCACCGCGCCGACGCCGUCUUCCUCUCGACCCCGACGGCGUCGCCCGCGUCGAGCGCCAACACGUCGCCCAGCAUCUCGCGCACCAACACCAAGAUGAGCGACUACGAGGCCAUGCUCGAUCGCACGCGGAGGCAGGAGGCUGCCGAGGAACUGCAGAGGCAGAGGGAGAUCCAGGCAUUCUUCGCACGCGCCGACGCCGAGACGUCACUACGACGCUUCUGA